CCCCCUCCUGCGACCGACCCCGACUCCGUACCCUCUGACGAGCCCUGGUCAUCAAAAAUGGCAGACGAACCUGUCUCCCAGCACAUCAAGUUUACACCGCAUCGCGUCCCAGCUCUGAUGCACAAGAUCCAUCACCCAGCAGGAUUGUCUUGCUUCUCAGAUGUAAGAGACCGCACUUCUGUACACGAAUUCACAAGUAACACCUGUGCCUAG